AUAUAACACCACUGCGCUUCAGUUGUGCUAGGGUUUGAAGUUGCCGCUCGCCUUCAGAUCUACCAAAGCAAGAGCGGCCAUUGGACAAUUCGGAAAUGCCGAAGCAGAUCCAUGAGAUCAAGGAUUUCCUUCUCACAGCUAGAAGGAAGGAUGCUCGCUCUGUAAAGAUUAAACGGAGCAAAAGUGUUGUGAAGUUCAAGGUCAGAUGUGCAAAGUAUCUUUACACGCUCUGCGUGUUUGAUUCUGAGAAGGCUGAUAAGCUCAAACAAUCUCUACCUCCUGGUUUGAGUGUACAGGACCUGUGAAAGCGAGAGUAGUACUAUGGCUGUUUUUCUAUUACUUGUGAUGAAUCGUUCAUUGGCAUUGCAAAAGUUUUUCUUAAGAAAUUCAACUCUUAAUUGAACUAUUAUUUUUUUUAAAUGCAUGAAACUACGUACUCUGCUAACGUUUUGACAGUAAUUUAAUGUCCGCCUUCUUUGCUUAGCA